AUGAAUAAAAUCGGAUAUGAAAGAAAGGGGAAAAGGAGCUGGUAUCAAGCUGAACCAGAAUUAGAAGCUGUCAGGCAAAGAAGAAUGAAGGAGCUAAUGGCUCAACGUGGCAUGGGAAAUCCAGAUUUCAGAAAGCAGAAAAGCCCGGAUGAAGCAAAGAGGGAGGCAGAGGAGCAAAGGAAAAUGAUGCUGAGUCAAAUUUUGACUUCUGAAGCACGGGAAAGACUUGCACGGAUUGCUCUGGUGAAACAGGAAAAGGCCAGAGGAGUUGAGGAUGUUAUACUGAGGCCAGAGGAGUUGAGGAUGGUUUCUGAGGAGAGGCUCAUUUCAUUACAAAUCAACACCCAGACUACUAAAGAAACCAAAGUAACAAUUAGGAGGCUGCGUCAUAUUUGA